UCCCGCGCGCUGCUGUCACCGCGGCCGGCGAAUUGGGGUCCGGCGGGACCUGUGCUCGGCGGGCAGAGCUUGGCUCCGGGGCCGCGGCGCCGCCGUGGAUGGGCGCGGGGGCCGGGACGGUGCCGGGAUGGCGAAGGCGAGGGUGCUGGCCCCCGAGCGCGCACCGGGCGACCCCGCGCCUGAGCCCGAGCUCGUCAAGAAGCCGAAUCGGAAGAAAAACAGGAAGAAAAGAUUUUGGAAGAACAAAGCGCGAGAAGCAGGCAGAAAGCAGGGAAACGGCCCCGGCGUGGUCGUGGUGCGACCUCCAAAGGCACCGGAGGACUUUUCCCAAAACUGGAAGGCGCUGCAGGAGGAGUUGCUGAAACAAAAAUCACAGGCCCCGGAAGAGGCUCUUGUUCUCUCUCAGACGGAUUCCAAAAAGCAGCCCCAAGGUGUCCAACAAAACAGGAAAGUGAUCUCAGAUAAAGCAAAGAGAGAUGAGAUGGGGACAGAAAACACAGACCCCAAGGCCACACGGGGCUCUGUGCCCUCAGGAUGUCUGACGAACAGGAAGAUCCGAGCACAGCGCAAUGAGAAAGGAGCGAAGAAAAGGACCAAUGAUGACAUUUCCCCGAAACGAGGAGAAAUCAGACAUAAGAAGUGCAAAGCUGAGGAGGUGGCCGCCACCUUGCCUCCGGCCCCGCCCACCGAAGAAGACAUCUGGUUUGACGACGUCGACCCAGCGGACAUCGAAGCAGCCAUCGGCCCGGAGGCAGCCAGGAUAGCACGGAAGCGGCUGGGUCAGAGUGAGAGCACCAUCACGCUGGUGAAGGAGCGGGCCUUCAGCGGCCUGACUAAAGCCUUAGCCGUGGACUGUGAGAUGGUGGGCGUGGGCCCCAAGGGGGAAGAGAGCAUCGUGGCCCGCGUGUCCCUGGUGAACCAGUACGGGAAGUGUGUUUAUGACAAGUACGUGAAGCCAGCCCAGCCGGUGACUGACUACAGGACGGCGGUCAGCGGGAUCCGGCCCGACGACCUGGCGCAGGGAGAAGAAUUUGAAGUCGUUCAGAAGGAGGUGGCAGACCUGCUGAAGGGCCGGAUUCUAGUCGGACACGCGCUGCACAACGACCUGAAGGCGUUGUUUCUUGGUCACCCGAAGAAGAAGAUCCGGGACACUCAGAAGUACAAGCCUUUCCGGAGCCAAGUGAAGGCAGGGCCUACAGAGGCCCCACCCGAGCGUGGCUGUGCGCCGCCCUCUCCCCUGGCAGAGUGGACGGCCGUCUCUGAAGCUGCUUGCGGAGCGAGUCCUGGGGAUCCGGGUGCAGCAGACGGAGCACUGCUCGAUUCAAGAUGCGCAGGCGGCGAUGAGGCUGUACGUCCUGGUGAAGAAGGAGUGGGAGAGCAUCGCCCGAGACAGGCGGCCCCCGGCCUCCAGCGCCCACGGUAACGACGCCUAGCAGGAGCCCCGUCCUGUGCCGCGCUCGCGGGCAGCUGUGACCAAGCCGCCGGGCGGAUGGAGUCCCCCCCGGAGCAGUGACCCUGUGGGAAGGUUUCAGAAUCGUGGCAGCAGGGGCACGCGGCGUGCUUGCUGCUGGGCAGAACGUCUCCUGUCUGGUUGUGGCGUCUGAGACUCGUCCCCGCACGUGGGACGGGAGGACGGGCUGUCCCUGCGGAUUCCCCGGGCCCCAGGACCAGAAGCGCCUAGUUGUCCCAGGUGUGUGGCACCUUCCUCCAAGGAGGCCCCUUUCCCUCGUUACCUCGGCCAACGGAAAGGAAAGACCUCCGCGGACUCGAGCCUGGACCGCGCGGCUGUGGGUAGCCCGGCGGCAGCCUCGUCGAGGGGUUUUCACCGGUUCCUUUCUCACCCGCUGCACACAAGUUUAAACUGCAGGUCGGGGCCCACGGCCGGCGUGGGGAGCUCGGGCUGCCCAGCGCGGUGGCAACAGUUCUCCCCAGAGGUGGGCGACUCCCCGACUAGGAUGGACGUUCUGACCACGGGCGGCCCGCAGCCCUCUCCCCCCGGCCCGGGGCGGGGGGCUUUCUGAGCACAGGAGCAGCCGGUUGCAGUGCGUGGAGCGUUUAGCAGCAGGCUAUACUGAGCCCCGCUAGCCGUACAGAGAGUCUGAACCCACGGAGGAUGUUGUGUGACAUAAACGCAGGUUUUUACUUGA